UGGCAGAACUGAUCGAUGAUCUUCACCGAUCUCGUUUGUUGCGUCAAACGUCACGUUAAACGUCAAACUUUACUUCGUGUUGACUCUAUUCCGUGUUUCUUUUUGUCGGCGACAAACGUGUGGAUUUUUGAAGAUGCCGCUGUACCGAUAUACGCACGCGAUUCUGUGCAGAAUACCGUUGUCGCUGCGAACGCGGGGCGAAGUGACACUCGACGAAGCUAGGACCCAACAUCUAGCUCUGGCACAACUCCUACGCGAGCUCGACAUUGACGUCGUAGAAAUGCCGCCGGAUGAGAAUUCGCCGCUCUGUGUCUUCGUCGAGGACAUAGCCGUCAUCUGCAACGGCAUCGCCCUGAUCGCCCGGCCGAGCGAACCGUCGCGUCUUAAAGAGCUUGAUACCAUUAGAGCUGUUUUGAAGAAAGAACUAGAAAUACCACUCAUAGAGAUCAGUGAUAAAAGUGCUCGCUUGGAUGGUGGAGACGUUCUCUUCACAGGUAGAGAAUUUUUUGUUGGACUGUCUCAUUUUACAAAUGAAGCAGGAGCACGAGCAGUUGCCGCAGCAUUUCCAGAAUAUCCAUGUGUUCCCAUCAAGGUGGGUGAUGGUGGUGAAGAGGUAAUAGUGGAGAGUCUCACUUCAGCUCCUCUUCAGGUGCCAGUAAACACACGUUUGAAAUCACUAGUUACGAUGGCUGGUCCAGAUAUUAUAUGCGUAGGAGCUGGAAAGGAAUCUCAAGAAGUUCUCAAGAGAAUCGAACGGGAGGCGACAUACAAUUACAAAACAUUAACCGUACCCGAGGACGAGGCCGCAAACGUGCUUUACGUGAACGGCACCCUCAUACAUCGAUCGGAGGAUGAGAUUCCGCAGUCUAGUAAGGUUUUUGCUGAAAAGGUAGAGUUUCCGACUAGAUCACUGCGUAUGUCUGAACUGGCAAAGGUCAGCUCCGGUUUGUCCUCAUGUUGUUUACUGGUCCGCAGACCACGGCACAUUCGCAGCAUUUAAAUGAGAAACGAGAGUAAGAUCCGUUUUGCGAUUUGAUCGCAUAACGUCACUGAUAUAUUCGCGGACAUAAAACGUGAGACCAAGUUUACCAUUUUUGUUUCCAAAUCUGUGAACGAAUACAUGAUGCAAUGCAUGACAAAUGACGAGACGUGUCAUAACGUUUUGAUAAGUAUUUUUUAAUUAAUUUAAAAGAGUUAUAUCGUAUAUUAUUUUGUAUCUUGCAGGAAAAGAAACAUUUAGUAUUCGAAGAGAUUAAUAUAUAUAUAUAUAUAUAUAUACAUAUUACAUAUAAUUUUUAUAUAUUUAGAAUAUAUAUA